AUGCAUUCUGUCCUCCCUUCCCUUGCGACAUUGUUAAUAUUAAACUGUCCAGAACUAGAGUCCUUUCCAGAAGGUGGUUUGCCCUCCCAAUUACAAGAUCUUACGAUCCUUGAUUGCAACAAACUCAUUGCAAACCACAUGCAAUGGGAUCUGCAAUCACUUCAUUCUCUGUCACUUUUAGCAAUUGCUGGUUAUAAAGAUGCGGUAUCUUUUCCUGAAGAGACACUGCUGCCCUCGACUCUUACGACUCUUAAAAUCCGGAAUUUUGAAAAUCUGAAAUCUCUGGAAUACAAGGGUUUUCACCACCUCACCUCUCUUAGAAAAUUUUAUAUAUGGGAUUGCCCUAAUCUCCAGUCCAUGCCAGAAGAGGGGCUGCCCUCCUCCCUUACUUAUCUUGCCAUCGGUGGGUGCCCUUUGUUGGAAAAAAAGUGUGAAAAGGAGACGGGGGAAUAUUGGCCCAAGAUUUCUCACAUUCCAUCCAUAGAGAUUGAUUACAAGAAUAUCAACUGA